AUGUGUUUUAUUCACGCCGCGCUCGCAGCAGCUCUCCUGCGGGUUCUUUAUGUCCUCGUCUCCGCAUUUCUCUCUCCGAACCGCUCCAUCCCCGGCCCCUUCCUCGCCCGCUUUACAAAGCUGUGGUACUUAUUCAACAUCUACAAGGGUACGCACGAGCAAGAUGCUAUCGCUCUGCAUCGUAAGUAUGCGAAACCCGGCGAAUACUUCGCUCCCGUAGUUCGCCUCGGACCCAACAUGUACUCCCUUAAGACGCCCGAAAAGAUUGUUUACGGCAUAUCGAGCAAGAUGCCAAAGUCCUCCUGGUACGAGGGCUGGAAGCACCCAAGCCCGGAGCGCUGGACGGUAUUCACGGACAGGAAUAUCAAGCGGCAUUCCGAAUCGCGCCGUGUAUAUGCGGGGCUGUACGCCAUGAGCGCUUUACUCUCCUACGAAGCGUACGUUGAUGACUGUGCGGACAUCUUUGCCCGACGAUUAGGCGAACUUGCAGGUGGAGAGGCAGUGGAUAUGGGACAUUGGUUCCAGUGCUACGCGUUCGAUGUCAUUGGUGCUAUCACGUAUGGCCAGCGUUUCGGGUUCUUGGAUGAGGGGAGGGACUUGGGAGAUACAAUGGGGGCGUUGGACAGGAGUAUGGUGUACUCGACGCUGGUGGGCGUAUAUUCCUUCUUGCAUCCCUGGCUGUACCCCAUCCUAGAAAAGUUCCCGUCAUCAGGCGCCGCGGGAAGAGCGUAUCUGAUGCGGUUCGCUCAGGGGGCGCUUGCUCAGCGGUGGGCUGAGCGAGCCGCAGGCAAGAGAGAGGCACGCAAGGAGGGCGAGCCAGAAGAUUUCGUGGACAAGAUGCUAGACAUGCAGGCGGUGAAGGACAACAUCUCGGACUACCACGUUUUCGCGCUGACAAUGAGCAAUAUCGUUGCCGGAAGCGACACUACGGCCCUCAGUCUGAGCAGCGUGCUGUACCACCUCAUUCGCACACCGCAUGCGAUGCAGAAAUUGCGCGAGGAGACUGCACAGUGCAUUGCAGAAGGCAAGUGCACGCCCGACCGCAUCUCCUUCAAAGCCAGCCAGGAGAUGCCGUACCUGCAAGCCUGCAUCAAAGAAGGUCUCCGCCUACACCCCGGCACCGGUCUGCCGCUGUGGAGAGUCGUGAACGAAGGAGGCGCUACCAUAUCCAACCACUUCUUCCCCGCCGGUGCAGAAGUCGGCCUCAAUACGUGGGUCGCGCAUUAUGACGCCGACAUUUGGGGUUCUGACGCCUCAGUCUUCCGGCCCGAGAGGUGGAUAGAGGCGGAUGUGGAGCGGUUGAAAAUUAUGGAAGCGCAUUACCUACCGUUCGGGCUGGGUUCGAGGACUUGUAUCGGACGACAUAUUGGGCAUCUUGAGAUGAGCAAGCUGAUACCGCAAAUUGUGAAUGGGUUUAAGUUUGAACUUGAGGAGCGGGAAGGGAGGUGGAAGACGCAGAAUAUGUGGUUUGUGAAGCCCGUUGAUUUUAGGGUGAGGAUUGGGGUGAGGCAGUGA